AUGGAACAGUUUCCAAGUUCAGAUUCCGGGUUUAGGGAGGAAGGCUUUGUUACUAAGGAACAACUUCCUAUGGUUAAUGUUUCUAUGGAGGGUGUUCUUAUGGAACAGGUUCCGAGUUCAGAUUCGGGGUUUAGGGAGGAAGACUUUGUUACUAAGGAACAACUUCCUAUGGUUAAUGUUCCUAUGGAGGGUGUUCUUAUGGAACAGGUUCCGAGUUCAGAUUCCGGGUUUAGGGUGUAG